AAUUAUCGGCUCAUUACCUGUAUAAAACCGACUUCAAGAGAAUGCCCAGUGUUUAGUCUAAUGUGCAGUGCUUUUCACGAUGGAUUCAACUCCAAAACUGUCCGCAGUGUUUGCCUCAUCAACAACAGAAUUGGUGCAACGUUUCAUCCAUUCAGGUGCGACCGAAUCACCCAUUAAUAUACUUGAUCUAGACGAGAUCGUUCACAACUACGACCGAUGGAAGAAAAGCUAUCCCAAUGCGAUCGCUUUCUUCUUACCCAGCGUUAACAAUCAUGCCACGGUGUUGGCACUGCUUAGUAAACUUGGGCUUGGUUUCAGCUGUGCUUCCAUAAUGGAGAUGCGUUCCGUGUUAAAGAAUGGUGUUCCUCCUGAUCGAAUCAUUCUAGCUCAUCCUGCUAAAACACCAGAAACGAUACUCUACGCAAAACAGAAAGAUAUCGAACGAAUUGUGUGUGAUAGUGUGCAGGAGAUAGGCAAAGUACAUCGCCUAUAUCCAGCGGCCCAGAUUAUUCUCAGAAUUAGAGUAUUCACUGGACAAAAGUUUGGUUGCUGUCCAAUCGAAGGCGUGCGGGAAAUAUUCAACUACGCCGCAUCCACUGGAACAGUCUCCAUCGUGGGUAUUUAUAUUGCCGUACCGCAGAAAAGUGCGUUCGAUGAGGUUGAAACACUGCGACGUGCUCUGCUGAUUGCCAAGGAUGCAAUUGAUCAAGCCAGUACAGCUGGGCUAAGUGACAUACGGCAAUUGAUACUCUCCGGUAUAGAAACCGUAUCAUCGGAUCAAUUGCAACAAACACUAACCGAGUUACAGUUUGAUCACACCUUGCUCAUAAUCAUCGAAACUGAGCGCCAGCUGGUACAGUCCGCCGUUACGCUCAUCACUUCCGUCCAGUCCAAGCGGGUAAUCCGUCAAGCCGGAACAUCGGGACCUGUGCAGGAGAUAAUGUAUUUCAUCAAUGACGGUCGAUAUGGGUCAUUCGAGUGGUGGAACGCUAUUGAUAAGCAUCCAGUCGUAUUUCGCACCAGCGAAACCGUGUCAACUGCUACUACGACGCACCCUUCAUCGCUCUGGGGACCGUCCUGUGACUCAGCUGAUAUUGUCUGCGAACGGCUCGAACUGCCGGAGCUUGAGAUUGGGGAUUUCUUGGUUUUCCCAGGAAUGGGAGCAUACGGGGUGACGCUUGCUUCGUGCUUCAAUGGGUUCCCCAUUCCGAAUACCGUUGUCUGUGCAAGGUUAGAAACAACAAGGGCACUUGUUGAAGACUCGUUGAACGAUGUUUAAUCCGCAAUUCUGUCCGCAAAAAAAAAAUAUUUUCAUUUGCUGCAGGCAAUGCAUCGAAGUUUUUUUUUUUAUAUCACAAUAU